CAACCCCCCUCGUCUCAAACCACGUCACAUUCCGCCAUGUUGAAACCGAGACAAAACAGGAUUCGUGGUCGGUCCCCAACCUUCAAAGUCCCAACUAACUUCUGAUUUUCGCCCGCGUCUAGUCAAAACACCUGUAUACUGUAUCUUUCCUCCCCCAAUGUUUUGUCUCUGAUCGUCAUGCGAUAAACAUGCAGGUGAACCGACCGUUGUCAAUGAAGAAAGAAGGAAUACAGACGAGGAAAAGAAAGCCGAAAUCUUCCUCCAAGUCCAAGUCUUCUUCCAAGGAUUCUCUGAACCACCAACAGCAGCAACAGCAACAGCAGCGCAUGCAGCAAGCCCAACAACAGCAGCAUCAGCAGCAACAACAACAGCAACAGCAACAACAGCAGCACCAGGUUCAGCCACCAAUCCCCACUCACCAGCACCACCCUUAUAUGGACUACGAGACUGCUCAGCUACAACAGCAACAGCAGAAUCAUCACCACCACCACCACCAGCAACAACAACAACAACAACAACAGCAGCACCAUCACGCAGGCACAAGCAUGCUGGCGGGGGAGCCGGUGGUGAAUCACGUGACUGGUGACGUCAGCGGUCUACUUCCGGGUCAGCAGCCCCGCUCUCAUGACCUCUUGGAUUUGACCUUGUCUCGCUCGGAGAACGGGCACGUAACGGAACUGAAGCCCCUCCCUUCCUACUCCUCGCUCUACAACCACGUGGCGCUCAACAGCAACAGCAACAACAACAGCAGCACCCCCAACAACAACAACAACAACAACAGCAAUACCAACAGCAACAGCCCAGGCACCGCCACCCCGGGCAACUCCAGCGCCCCCCUCACCCUCACCCCUCAGAACUCUGCCGUGCUUGCUGCUCUAGCCGCUCCUACAGGAUCGGGAAACCCCCCUGCCCUCCUCCCGAUCUCCAGCCUCACGCCAUCCAACAGACAAAUCUUCGCCUCUGCCUCAGCAGCGGCCGCAGCGGCAGCGGCAGCAGCAGCCAAUCACAUGUCGCAUAUGAAUAGCUUGGGGCCCGAAGCCACGCCCUCCGCCAUAGGGCGCGCGUUUUCAUUGGACAAUAUCAUGCUGAAGCAAGAGCAUGACUCCAUGUACUCGCCGUCUCCGCCCAAGGCGGUGCCUGUGAUGACGUCAGACAUGGCUGGCGAGGCGGAAGUGGCUGUGCAAUCGCUCAAUAACUCGGAAAUUCUGCAGCUCAAGUCGGCUACUGUCAGUCAGUAACCAGACCGAGACUUAACGUUUUUUUUUGGUGUUUUUUUUUCGUACUCUCCUGACUAAUCCCAGGACAGAAUGGUGAUAGAAUAUGAUGUACCUCAUCUGGUAAAUCCCAAGACGAAAUGGAAAUCCAAAGACGGAUCGGUAAUUUAACUGUUACCUCACCUGGUAAAUCCCAAGGCAGAUUGGUAAUAUACAAUGUACCUCACCUGGCAAAUCCCAAGACGAAAUGAAAAUCUACUAUUUACCUUUCCAAGCUAAUUCCAGGACUGAAUUGCGGUGUAAUAUAAUAUUAUGUACCUUACCUGGUAAAUCCAAAGACGGAAUGGUAAUUAACUCUUUACCUCACCUGGUAAAUCCCAAGGCUGAUUGGUAAUAUAUUAUUACCAUAAUAUACUAUUAUGUAUUGCGCUUGAGUAGUCUCAAGAAAGAAUGGAAAUAUACUAUGAACUUCACCUAGUGAAUGCCGAGGCAGAAUGAUUAUAUACUACGUACCGAGCUUGAGUAGCCUCUAGAAAGAAUGGUCAAACAUACACUCUGUACCUCAUUUGAGAAGUUUCAAGAGACAGUAUGGUAAUGUAAUAAUAGGUGUACUAUGUACUUCACUUAGUAAAUCCCAGGACAGAAUGGUAAUUUACGUUUUGCCCCACCUGGACAAAAUGGUAAUAUACUAUGUACCCCAUUUGGUUGAUUCCAAGACAGAAAGGUCAUAUAUGCUUCGUACUUCACUUGAGGCUUCUCAAGACAGAAUGGUUGUGCAUUGAAGUGUGAAUUAUUUCGAGACAACUGCACGCACACCGGACGUAUUGGACUUGAUCAUACUAUCUGUGUGUAUGUGAGAGAAAUUGUUUAAACAGUCUUCUGACCAGUUUCCCAUUGUUAGAGGCAAGUGCACCCGGGAACGUACUGGGCUUUAUGUACGUGCGAGAGAUUGGCGUAAAAGGAGUUGCUCAGAGUGCCAUUGUUUGUUAUGCAGUAGGGUGUCGGGCUAAUGCUCAGUGGCCUUUGACUCCAUCUUUUCGGUUUGGUUUGGUAGGCGGGGCUAGCCAGAUUGAGCCUGAGAAGUGACCAUUUUGGCACAAUCCGAUGGCCCGACUCGCGCCCUCAAAAGCAAACGCGUUUGUUCUCAGGUCGCAAGUCGGGUGAUCAGUUGGCGAUCGGUUUGUAGUAGACUUACAGAACAGAUCCACCAAUGGGAACUGGGUAUAAUAUGGUUUGCAUGUUGUGGGUCAUACCUCAGCAGCCAGCGGCAGCCAAUCACAUGUCGCGUACGAAUAGCUUGGGGCCCGAAGCCACGCCCUCGGUUAUGGGGCUCACGUUUUGAUUGGUAGGUUACUGGGUGUGGUGAGGAAAAGUUUCUGACUCCAUUUCCCCACCUUCGUUGUGCGUGCAAGGAAUGGCGUAACGUUGACUGGCCUGGUUGUCCCUUACACCUUGUCACACCUUGUCACACCUUGUCACACCUUGUCACACCUUGUCAC